AUGGGUGAAGACGGAGGCGGAGCCGGCACUGGCGGCGGCGGCGGCGGAGGAGGAGGAGGAGGUGGUGGUGGUGCUGGAGGUGGUGCUGCCAAUGGUCAUGCGGGCGGUGGUGGUGGCGCUCACGGAGCUGAGCCCGCCUCGGUCAACGGCGGCAAUGUCCACGGCGGCGCUCACGGUGCAACCGGUACCAACCCACCUCCGAUCAAGGUAGAACGACUACCUACUGCCACAGUCGAGGAGGAAUAUCCCAUCUCCCCACGUGCCAACACACCAAAUCCUUUUAGCAGAAGGAAUACACAUCUUGACCUGGAUGACUACUUUUCGGGACCCCGAGAUCUGGCCAAGCAUUCGAAAUGGCCACUCUUCCUCCAGAUGCACGGUUCCAUCACCCCAAAGAUGAUUGUGCCCCUACUUUUCGUUGCCGCAUGGUCAACAUGGAUCACUGCCGUCACCAUGUUGUACGAUAACAUCGACCUCAGUGUAGGCAGUGUUCUCCUGACAAUCACUGGUUUCGUCGUCAGCAUGGGUCUCUCUUUCCGAAGUUCCACCGCCUACGAAAGAUAUGCCGAGGGUCGCCGGUACUGGGGUACAUUGACACUCACUUGCCAGACGCUGGGACGUGUGUUUUGGGUUCAUGUGAAUGAGCGUCCUGACUUUCAAAAGCAGGAUCUCCUGGGCAAGCUUACUGCUAUGAACAUGCUUGUUGCGUUUUCUGUGGCCCUGAAGCACAAACUGCGAUUCGAACCUUACAGCAACUACCAAGGUCUCGGCGAGCUUAUUGACCAUCUCGAGACGUUUGCCAAGAGUGCCACGGAGGAACACCCCUAUCAGGCAAAGAAGCCCAACAUGUUCAAGGACUUUGGUGAUCGACUUGGUGUCUCUUUUGCUGCUUCAAACCCUCGUAAGACGAUCAAGAAGGCGACCAGUCCCACCGGUAACCUUCCACUCGAGAUCCUGUGCUAUCUUAGUGCGUACGCAGACGAAGUGGUUGCCAAUGGCCAACUGCCGAUUCCCAUGACCCAGACCAAUCUUUACAACGGUAUCGCAACUCUCAACGACGUUCUCACUGGAACCGAGCGUGUCCUAAACACCCCACUGCCCAUCGCCUAUACCAUUGCCUUCUCUCAGAUCACUUGGGCUUACAUCCUCGUUCUGCCCUUCCAACUUGUCGGCACACUGGAGUGGAUUACUAUUCCGGCCAGCAUCGUCGCUGCGUACAUCAUUCUCGGAAUUCUCUUCAUCGGUCGUGAGAUUGAGAACCCCUUUGGCUCCGACGUCAACGAUCUGCCUCUCGAGUUGUACUGCAAGCAGGUCAUGGAUGAUCUCGAGACCAUUGCCGCCAAGCCCAAGCCUCGCAUGGCUCAAUACGUCGAGUCUUCACGCAACAAGGUCCUGUUCCCGUACAGUGACUCGAGCUAUCACGCCUGGGCACAACGUCCCGAGUCCGUGAUCCGCGCUGCCCUGCGGAACCGACCAUACAACAACUUUGAACGAUCUACAGCGACUGCCAAUGGCAAACCAUCAACUUCUUGCAAAUCAGAAGAUAGCCGCGAGAUCGUAUAA